AAGUGAUAAUGUGUUAUAAUGGUUGGUGGUGUCUGUGCCUCUUCUGAUCCUUUCUUUACAAAAACCUAAAUUCUGCACGACACAGCCCUCUCCACUCUCCAUAUCCAAAAAAGCUCGCGUUUUCUCUCCCUCCGAAGAAGCUUCCAGAAUCAUACUGCUGCGAUGUCUGGGGAAGUUUAUGAUGAACAAGAUGCAGGCUAUGUGCCUGAGAGCCCUGAGUUUCCACAAAACCAUUCUGAUGAACACAAUGGAGGAAAUGUGAUUGAUGACUCUGGGUUUCCACAAGUGCAGCCUGAUGAACAUGACAUGGAGAAUUUGGCUGAGGAUGCCAAUCUUCCUGAAAAUGAGUUUGAUGGGAAUGAUGUUGAAGGUGAGCCUGGAAACUCUGAUUUUCCUCCGCAAGAGCAUGCCGAGGAACAUCAUGAUGGAGGAGAUGUGACUGAGAAUUUUGGCUCUCCGGAAAAACAGGGAUCUGAGGAGGAUUUGAAAGGAAGUGAAACAAAGAAGUGGCCUGGAUGGCCUGGAGAGAAUGUAUUUAGGAUGUUGGUUCCUGUGCAAAAGGUUGGCAGUAUUAUUGGUCGCAAAGGCGAGUUUAUUAAGAAAAUUACUGAAGAGACUAAGGCUCGUAUAAAGAUUCUUGAUGGCCCUCCUGGAACUGCUGAAAGAGCUGUAAUGGUUUCUGCAAAAGAAGAGCCAGAUCGCAACAUACCACCUGCUGUGGAUGGUUUGUUAAGGGUUCAUAAACAAGUUGUCAAUGUGGACCGUGAUCCUGCAGAUAGUGCAUCAGGUGCAGCACGCCCAGUUGUUACGCGGCUUCUAGUUGCUGAUACUCAAGCAGGAAGUUUGAUUGGGAAACAGGGGUCCACUAUAAAAUCCUUUCAAGAUGCCACAGGUUGCAAUAUACGCGUUCUUGGCUCAGAGCACCUGCCUGUUUUCGCUCUGCGAGACGACAGUGUUGUUGAAAUACAAGGUGAAUCUGCUGGGGUUCACAAGGCUGUUGAGCUUAUUGCAAUUCAUCUACGUAAAUUCUUGGUUGACCGCAGCAUAGUUGGAGUAUUUGAAACACAGAUGCAAAGGCCAGAUGUUCGAGGUAACCAGAAUGUACCACCACACCAACCUUGGGGUCCUCCUCCUCAAGGGUUUCCAGCUCCUGGCAGUGGUGGUGGACCCGCUUUUCCACCCAAUCCUCAAUAUAAUAUGCCCCCUUCACAUAACUAUGAUACUUACUAUCCCCCUGCGGACAUGCCUCCCAUGGACAAGCAUCUUCAUCAGGGUCCACCACCUGCCUAUGCAAGAGAUGCUUCUAUGGGAAUUCACUCAUCCAGCACCCAGCCUCAACAAUCUGUUGUGACUAAGGUCACGCAGCACAUGCAAAUUCCUCUGUCCUAUGCAGAUGCUGUUAUUGGAGCAUCAGGGACAAAUAUCAGCUACAUCCGUCGUGCCAGUGGGGCAAGUAUUACAAUCCAGGAGACUAGGGGUGUGCCAGGGGAGAUGACUGUUGAGAUAAGUGGUACUGCUUCACAAAUACAGGCUGCCCAACAGCUAGUGCAGAAUUUCAUGGCUGAAGCUGCAAGUGCGACACAGGAUCAUAUGGGGGGUUCAAUUAAUCAAGGUUACAAUUCCUAUCCAACUAAUGCUCCUGUUUAUGCAUCUCCGCCAUCAAGUGCUGGGGGUCAUGCAGGUCAUGUACCUUCUGCAGAUUAUGGUCCCGUUUAUGGCACUAAUUAUGGUUAUUGAGAACAUUACAUUCAAUUUUAGUUGAGGAGCCUUGUGUUUUGUAAACAUUGCGUUCAAUCCUAGUUCUUGUGGGUAUUGUAACCAGGCCUGGGCAUGCCCUGUGUCAUAUAUCCCUUAUGUCUAUCACAUUUGAUAUAAUGACUGGAUAGGAUUUAGAGGAUAUGAAAUUUGUUUUCUUCUUUUUAAUUUUAUAUAUAGUUGCCUAGUUUGUUUGGUUCUUGUUUUCAACUGGGAUUUUUAACUGGUUCUAAUUUAAAUGCAGUCGAAAAAAUUUAAU